GGCCAUGUUUCUCCCGCUCCUGUCCGCCUUGUCUCUGGGGCUGGUCUCCCUCCCGCAAGGCCCUCUUUCCAGACCCAUCCUGGGCGUCGCUCGCCUCCUGACCGCGCUGGCCCCGGCCUGGGGGCAACCAACAGACAACAGAUGUACCACUUCACAUGCAACAACAUGUGCUACAUGCCUUGCUCUGGGUCCAGAAUGUGGAUGGUGCAGUCAAGAGGAUUUUAUGACUGGAACAAGGUGGAAGGAACGAUGUGACAAAGUUCUCCAUUUAAUAAAAAGGGGCUGCAGGGAGGAUUUUAUAGAAAGUCCCAAAGAUGAUAUAAGCAUAUCCAGCAAUGAAGUUCAUGUACAAGUGACACCAGGAGAAGUGACCGUUCACCUCUAUCCAGGAUCUGAAGCAAGUUUUAUGUUGAAAGUCCAUCCACUGGAAAAAUACCCUGUGGACCUCUAUUAUUUAGUUGAUGUGUCUGCAUCAAUGCACAAAAACAUUGAAAAAUUAAACUCUGUUGGGUUUGAUUUAUCUCAAAAGAUGAAAAAUAUUUCUGUUGAUUUACGACUUGGAUUUGGAUCCUAUGUGGAUAAGACAGUGUCACCUUAUAUUAGUAUUCAUCCAGGCAGAAUCCACAAUCAGUGCAGUGAUUAUGAUCUAGAUUGCAUGCCUCCACAUGGCUAUAUCCAUGUUUUAUCAUUGACUGACCAAAUAGCAGAAUUUGGGCGUGCCAUCAAUAAGCAAAAGAUCUCUGGAAAUAUUGACACACCUGAAGGAGGAUUUGAUGCUAUGCUUCAGGCUGCUGUGUGCCAGAGCCAGAUUGGUUGGCGCAAAGAAGCAAAACGUCUACUCCUAAUGAUGACAGAUCAGACUUCUCAUCUGGCUCUUGACAGUAAAUUAGCAGGAAUAGUAAUUCCUAAUGAUGGAAAUUGCCAUUUAAAAGAUAAUGUGUACAGCAAAGCAACUAGUAUGGAGCAUCCAUCCCUCGGUCAACUUGCUGAAAAACUCAUAGACAACAAUAUUAGUGUAAUCUUUGCAGUCCAAGGAAGCCAAUAUCACUGGUAUAAGGACCUUUUGCCUCUGCUGCCUGGCACUGUUGCAAGACAAAUAGAAUCACAAGCAGCAAAUCUGGGAGAUCUGGUGGUAGAUGCUUACAAGAAUCUGCUGUCUGAAGUGAAAAUUCAGGUGGAUAACACAGACCAAGACAUAAAUGUCAAAGUUACUGCAAUCUGUCCUGAUGGAAGUAGAAAAACAGGCUUAGAGGGAUGCAGAAAUGUGAAAUCCACAACUGAAAUAUCCUUUAAUGUCACCAUUACAAUGAGGAAAUGCGGAACCACUGAAGGAAGAAAAUACAUAUUGAUAAAACCCCUUGGUUUCAAUGAAUCUACCAGAGUUAACAUACAUAAAAGAUGUUCCUGUCAGUGUGAGGGCAAAAGAAUAUGUGUGGAUGAAAUGUCUCAGGAUUCCCAAACUUCCUACUGCAAGGGCGGUAUCUGUGAUUCCAGUGAUGAAUUCUCUUCAGAGCAAUGCAAGAUGAAAGGGGACCAUCUAAUCUGCAGUGGCCAAGGAGAGUGUGUAGCUGGGAAGUGUAUUUGCUACAAAACCAAACUUGGCACAAUAUAUGGUGAAUAUUGUGAAAAGGAUGAUUUUUCCUGCCCAUAUUACCUUGGAAACUUGUGUGCCGGCAAUGGUGAAUGUGAAGCUGGAACAUGCAAAUGCAUUGGUCCCUGGGAAGGUGAUCGUUGCCAAUGUUCAGUAUCAUUGAGAAAAAACUGCAUGAAUUCAGAUGGUCAGAUCUGCAGUGGAAGAGGAACUUGUGUGUGUGGAAGAUGCAAAUGCACCGAUCCCAGUAGUUUUGGUCGUUUAUGUGAAUUCUGCCCUGCUUGCAGAACAAAUUGCAAUGACAAGCGGACUUGUGUGCCAUGUCAUUCCAACUCAUCUCAAAUUACACUUGACCAGUGCAAAACCUCAUGUGCUUACAGGGUGCAUCAUACAGAGCAAUCUUUAGGCUGCAUUUCCGAUGAUCCAAGCCACUUCAGAAUCUUUUUCAUAAUCUUCAUUGUGACCUUUCUGAUUGGCUUGCUGAAUGUGCUUAUAAUUCGUCAGAUCAUUCUACAGUGGAGCAAUAAUAAAAUCAAGUCUUCUGCUGAUUACAGAGUAGCGGCAGCAAAAAAGGAGAAAAUGUUCCUGCCUACAGUCUGUACAAAAACAGUAACCUACAGGCGCGACAACCCUGAAGAAAUAAGCAUCCACCUCAGCAAACUACGAGUAAAUGAAACUUUCUGUUGCAAUUCCUGAAAGCAAGACUGCUUUCUCCAGAGCUUUUGUUUCUCCAGAACUUCAUUUGAAAGUUCUUGCCUGCCUGAUACUUGGAAGGUUUAUAGUUUUGAAUACUGUAAUGAAAAACUGACCUGGAAACCUGGUUACGCAACUUGGCUGGGUUUCAAGUUGAGCUGCUCUGCCUUGAAAAACAAAUGUGCAUUAACUACUGAUUAGCAUAAUUAGACCAAUUAGACCAAUACUGAGAUAUUUAGCUUGGUAGCCUGUUCAGUCCCUUUUGAGAUCAAUAGGAUAAAAUUGGCUUAAAUCUGAUUACAUUCUGGCACAAGCAGGCUUUAUUCCAGUUCAUGACACCACUCUGCAUUGUAGCACUUUAAAAUAACUUAUUUAGUUGUGGCAUAGAAGGUUAAUCUAAACUGGUUUGACAAAAAAGCACUGAUCUCACUUUAGAGGUAGCUAACACAGAUUUGGUCUAUGGCAGGGUUUCCCAAAUUGUGUUUUAAAAAUGUAGCUGGUACAAAUGGGUGACAAAUCACUGCUUAGACCUGUUCUGAAUGCUGGCAGCGCAAAAGAAUAUGCAAAGCAAGACAGCUUUGAGGAUCAAAGUCUGCCAACAAAUUAUAACAUAAGUCUUUAUUACCUGCCACCCAACUACGGCAUUGAUGUUGCAAACCUAGAUAUUCUAUAUUGCACUAAUUUUGGAAGAGGCUGUGAAUAAGUAGGCUUGGAAUCAGCCUGCACAAACAACACUAAGGCCACAAUCCAAUACAUGUUUUACCUAAAGUAAUUCUUAUUGCUAGCUGUGGAAUUGACCUCUACAGAAACCUGGAUUGCAAAUGUUCAGAAACUGGAGCAAGGGAGGCUGUUUCUCCAGGCAACUGUGUACUCCUUGGUUCAGAAACUCGAAUACUGAAAAUCUGUUGCUCUGAGCAGAAACACAAAUCAUAUGAUCACAUUUGCUGUGGUGUAUGUCAGAGAACACUAGACAGAAUGGCAAGCAUGGUGGCAUGCAAAGCACAUUCUAACCUCUUUUUCUAUUUAUUGUUUUGUAGUUUUCCAAAUAUUUGAUAUAGUUCUUUUUUUUUGUAGAAGACUGGAAUAGAAGUUCAACUAUGACUAUUUUUAAUUAAAGAUCUGCAAUAGUUUAUAGUUAUUUAGGAAUCAAUUCUACUUCGUCCAGAGAAUGUAUUAAAAAGCCAGUUCUGUGGUUAAAAGAAAACGUACCAGUGGCCUUCAAGGCCCAUGUUGAUAAGGCAGAAAGUAAGCAGGAGUGGUAUUUGCUGCUCUUCCUCAACAAAGAGCAGUAGGAGGAACAUCCAUGAUUGGUUCAAUUUUGUGUUGGAGCUCCUUCUUGGAUUUCAAGGGGAUUUCCACUAUCUUAUAGCCUGUGGUAUCAUACUCGUUUCCAUCAAGGGCCACAUCAGGCCUAAUGUUGCCUUCAAUGGGCUGUUGAAUCCAUGGAUGAAGAAUCUGUGGAUAUAGAGGGCAAACUGUAAUUUUUACAUAGUCGUCAGUGCUCUUUCAUUUUACCCAUGAAAAUAUGUGGAAAAUAUGGUUGUCUUUAAACUGAAACUUUUCCAAAUUCCAGACACAGAAUAAAGAAUUGAACUCUUCUCAAAUGUAUGUGGUUAUAGAGCAGAUGUGGGCAACUACGAGUCCCCCUGGUUUUACUGAAUGACAAUUCCCAUCCCUUUUGAAUAUCUGCCAUGCAGACUGGUUAUAAUGGGAAUUGCAGCCCAACAGCACUUAUGGCCCUGAGGUUGGGAAAAAGUUAAAGGACAUUUAAAAGUCAGACAUAUCCACAAGCCUUGUAUCUUAGUUGAAACCCCACUCUUCUGACUAAACAGAACAAACUGUAGCCUUCCAGAUAUUACUGUAUCACAGUUCCCAUCAGCUCCAGUCAUACUGUCUAAUAAUGAGGAAUACAGGAACUGUAGUCCGGCAUCUGGAGGGCCACAUAAAAUGGCAUGGUGGGCUGGAGGCCUUGCAUUUGACAUCUACUAUAGCAGAUGUCCCACAGAGUGGGAAAACCUGUGGUGUCAAGUACAUGAGAAGAUGGUGAUCGAAGAGGAGAUCACAAAGGUGACAUUAACACAGAGCUGCCAUCAAAUGAAGUAUUCUCUGUCAACCAAAAUGUAAAUUUUGUCCCAUUGAACUCAGUAGGGCAUUAACAUGAGUGGACGUAUACAAGAAUGCACUCUAGUUUUGAGAUUCUGUCCUAAUACAUGAGUGCACAGGCCUUAAAUGCUCAUUCUGCUGUGCUGUUGUGUGUUCUGUGUACACCUCUGUUGCAGACAUGGAGAUGUCUGUAGUACUGAGGUGAAUGGGAAAACUUAAAUCUCUGGAAUGGUGCAUUGCAAUUCUGUGGAUCUUUGAAUUAUGAUAAAGAAUUAUUUAUUUUUGUAUGUAUUGGAAAUGCGCUCCACUGAGGCUACAGUGCACAAACUGCACAAUCGUAGCACUUUUAGGAUUCGAAUGUAUAUUGUUCUUUGGAUAUUUCACAACCUGACUUGCUGAAACAACCAAAUUAUUUAUGUGUUUCUAUUAAAUUUCUUUCUUUCUCUCCCUGGACUGGCUUUACACACUGCUGAUUGAAGGUACCAAAUUUGUGUCAAAAUAAUUUUAAGUUAAAUGCCAAUAGCAACACUAUGUUAGCUAUAACUUCUUCAUAGAAAUGGAACAGAUUUUUUUUCCCUUUGCCUUUUCCCAAUUUGGAUGUUCAACAAGAAAAAGAUCUAAUUUGAAAUGUGUAUUUUGUAGUUUGCCUUUGUCAUGUUUUGUGUCUUCAAUCUCUUUUGUAAACAAUGUGUGUGAGAACUGUUUUUAAAGAUUGAGUUUUAAAAACUAGAAAUGUAAUUUAAUUUUGGUUUCUUAAACACUUUAAAAUCACUGCCGUAACCUCCAUUUAUUUAAAAUGUGUUUUGUAGUGUACAUGACUAACUUUAAAUUUUUAAGUUUAUUUAUUAAUUUGUCACUUUACUAUAUUGUGGGAUAGUUUAUUUUUCUAUGAGAGUUGCAAUAACUAUGACUUAGCAUUAAUUUAAUGCAAAAUUAUUGUACUUGUUCUCAAACAUUAAAAAUAUGGAUAUCGAA